AUGUCAAUAGAAGCACACCCUACAGUUCAAGGAUGCCUCGUCUCAUUCCCAACACCUCACAUUCUUCUCCUCACACUCAACCGUCCAGAGAAACGAAAUUGCAUAUCCCUCGCGACGAGCGCCGAGAUACAAGGACUAUGGACAUGGUUCGAUACACAGCCUGCCCUACAUGUGGCCAUUAUUACCGGCACGGGCGAGUCCUUUUGUGCGGGCGCUGACCUCAAGGGUACACUCCUCUCUCAUCUGUAUUCAAAUGAAACCAGGCUCACAUACCAGCACGUAGAAUGGAACCACCUCAACGCGCGCGGAAUCACCAACGAAAUGACAGCCCCCGGGUUAGCCGGCCUCCCUCGCCGACGAGGCGGCAAACCAAUCAUUGCCGCCGUCAACGGAUAUUGUCUAGGAGGCGGCUUCGAGAUGGUGGUCAAUUGCGAUCUCGUGGUGGCCAGCGAAAACGCCACCUUUGGUCUCCCCGAAGUGCAGCGAGGAAUCGCUGCUGUUGCAGGCUCCCUACCUCGGCUGGUCCGGGUGCUGGGGAAACAGCGAGCCGCCGAGAUUGCUCUGAGUGGUCUGACCUUUUCUGCAUCCCAGCUUGAGCGUUGGGGGCUGGUGAAUCGCGUGGUGGAGCAUGGUCGGCUACUGGCGACGGCAGUGGAGAUUGCAACCGCCAUCUCUAGGAAUAGUCCGGACAGUGUGCGUGUUACGAUGGAGGGGCUGCAUUACGGGUGGGAAAUGGCCAGUGUGGAAGAGGCUAGCAGUGCGUUGGUCGACCGGUGGUACUCCAGGCUCAUGGCAGGUGAAAAUUUCCACGAGGGAGUACGGGCAUUUGUGGAGAAGAGAAAGCCACGGUGGACGCCGUCUAAGUUAUAA